CAGUGGCCUCUCCUCCACCCCAGGACCCUGCGGCUGCUGCCCCUGCUCCUCCUGCUCCUCCUCUCCCUGUGGAGCCACCAGGCCGAGGCCGUGGUCCACUCCAGCUUCAAGCGCCUCAGCGGCCGAGAGAAGAAGGAGAUGCAGAAGGAGAUCCUGUCCAUCCUGGGUCUGCCGGGGCGACCCCGACCUCACCCGCCGCUCCGCCCUCCUUCCUCCGCCCCGCUCUUCAUGCUAGAUCUGUACCACGCCAUGUCGGCAGACGGGGAAGACGAGGGCAACGAGAUCCUGGUGAGCGGACCGGGGAUGGGCUGGUUUGGAGGAGUGGAGCGUCUGGCCCAGGUCAACCACGCGGCCCUGCCCACCCUCAGUACACACAGUCCACCGCUGGGCACUGUGGUCAGCGAGGCCGACACGGUGAUGAGCUUCGUCAACCUGGUGGAGCAGGAGCGUGACCUCCUGCAGCCUCGGCCCUACUGGAAGGAGUUUCGCUUCGACCUCACUCCUCUCCCCCAGGGGGAAACGGUGACGGCGGCAGAGUUUCGAAUCUACAAAACCCUGACGGUGGGUCAGCGGAUGAACAGGACGCUGCACAUCUCUGUCUACGUCAUAAAGAAGGAGAACAGACACAGAGAACCAGAGCUGGUUCUGCUGGACAUGCAGUCCGUUUCUGCAGCUCAGGAAGGUUGGCUGGCCUUUGACGUCACCUCGGCCUCCAACCAUUGGCUGCUCCACCCUCGGUCCAACCUGGGCAUCCGACUUUACGUGGAGACGGAGGAGGACCGCUCCCUGUCUGCGGGCUGGAUCGGGUUGGUGGGUCGCCGAGGUCCACGCUCCAAACAGCCCUUCAUGGUCGUCUUCUUCAGAGAGAACCAGAUCCCGUAUCGACCCCCACGGGCCGUCAAAACUCACCCCCGCAAGAAGAAACCCAAAUAUGACCUCCCACUUCCCAACAUUCACAAUCGAAGUCCCAUCAACAACGUGGGUCAACCGUGUAAGAAACAUGAACUGUUCGUCAGCUUCAGUGACCUGGGCUGGAAGGACUGGGUCUUGGCCCCUCCUGGAUACUCGGCGUACUACUGUGAUGGCGAGUGUUUUUACCCUCUGGGCUCCUGCAUGAACGCCACCAACCACGCCCUCAUUCAGCAAGUGGUCCACCUCCUGAAGCCUAACGAGGUUCCGAAGGCGUGCUGCGCUCCCACCAAGCUCAGUCCAAUUUCUGUCCUCUUCUAUGACGACAACAACAACGUCAUCCUGAAAAAACACCGGAACAUGGUGGUAAAAACCUGUGGCUGUCUGUGAGGACUUGUCCUCAGGAGACACCUGGACUUUGACGACGGGCGCGCUUUUCUUUAACGGGUAAAAAAAACAUUGUUCUGUUGGUAAAUUUGUUAAAGUCAGAGACAUUCGCAUCCAAAUAACGAGUAGAGACUGGACUGAAGACAGUGGACGUCCUGUUAAAGAGUCUUCCGUGAGGUCCAAUAAUCACUUAAUAAAAAGACAUUUUUAUAACUUUGUUUCAACUGAGGUUUUUAACUCCUGAUAAUAAACACAUUACAGAAAAAACAAGAA